AUGUCUUCUCUCAUUCAACCAUAUCUCGAGCUUGCCUUGGAACAACUAGAAGUUUACAAGGAUCAAUUGCUCGAGCAAAUGUCAUUGAUCUCCACGACCACAUAUGUCCUUACGAUCUUGGCCAUCUGUGUACCUCCUAUUGCCCUCUUGACUUUCUACGAACUCGAGCAGUCGCGACAACGUGCCGAACAACCCAAGGGUUGCAGAAAGCUCGGCUUGAAGAUCGAUAGUAAUCUUACGAAUGAAUUCGAUCCCAAAUUUUCCGAAGGUCGUCCUCCAAGUACGGAAGAAACAUCUGCAGAAUGGUGGAGAUUAAAGAGCAUGUGGAUUUAUCCAGUCAAGAGCUGUAAAGGGGUUGAAUUGGGUAGAGGAACCGUUAUUGCAACUGGAAUGGAAUACGAUCGUCAAUUUACUUUCGCACAAUUGAAAAGUCCAUUCCCCGUCUCCGAAAAUGAUCCCGAUCACAAAAAGGCCGCACACCAAUGGGAGUUCAUCACUCAACGACAAUUUCCAUUGCUGGCAAAAGUUAGGACUGAGAUGUGGGUUCCAGAUCAAAGUGUCGACACAUAUGCUCCUCAUAUUGAUGAUGUUGAGAGUGGAGGAGUUAUAAUUAUGAGCUUCCCAUAUCAAGAACCUGGAUGGAGAGGAACCGUCGCAAGUUGGGGUGCCAAAUUUAUGGGAACAGUUCCUGAAAAACAAUUCCGUGUGCCAUUUGAUCCAUCACCAGUACAAAUUGAGAAAGCAGGUUAUACUGUCGAGAAAAUGACGAUUUGGAAAGAAAGCGUUAGUGCUUUGAACGUGGAAAUUGAAAUCCCAGAGGAACUUAGAUAUUACCUUGGUAUCAGCAACAAGUUGGGUUUGUUCAGAGUCGACAGCGCGAAUCCUAGAGAAGUUUUCAGAAAUGCGCCUGCAAAGGAGCAACUUGGGUAUCAGCCAGUUACUGGAUUUCAGGAUGCUUAUCCCAUUCACCUUGUCAACCUUGCUAGCAUCAGAGAUGUUGAAAGUAAAAUGCCAAAGGAAAAGGGGGCACCUAGAUUAUCUGCAGGAAGAUUCCGUGCCAAUUUAAUCAUUACCGGACCUCCAGCUUACCAUGAAGAUGACUGGCGAAGAAUUAAGAUUGGUUUCUAUGAAUAUGAUGUUUCUUGCCGAACAGUACGAUGCAAAAUGCCCAAUGUCGAUCAAGAAACAGGAGUUAGACAUCCAUCCGAACCAGAUAAAACAUUACGAAGCUUCAGAGCUAUUGAUGAAGGAGCUGGUCAAAACCUUGGUUGUCUGGGUAUGCAAUUGGUACCAACCACUAAAAAUGGUGCUUUAAAGGUCGGAGAUGAAAUCACAGUUCUGGAAGUGGGUGAACAUCAUUACCAGAAAUUGUUUCCGGAAUUGAACAAUUAG